UCCACCUUCUCUUACCACUUCCUCAACCUGACGACUGACCCUAACAGCAUCAGUAUACUUCCCGUGGAGAUGUUUCCUGCAGACCCACCGCCGACUGUCAGUACUGGUGUAACGACAUCAGAAACAGGUCCAACUCAGAGUCAACCAGCUUCAUCUGCUAACAUGUCGACGACAGAAGAGCCACCAGAUCUCAACGAGACUGCCGUUGAACCAGACACAUUCUUCAGAGUUAAUCUGACCUUAAGUAUGACUGGCAGCCCGACAAAACCAGAGGACAUCAUUGAGAAAUGGGUUAAAGAACAGCUGCAGGUGAAUAAGACCAUGAUUGUGCUGAAUCUCAUCAUAAAAGAGUACUUCGGCAGGGACAUGGAGCAGUACAAUGGGCUAAUGAUUCUCCACAGCCAACAAAAACAAUAUUUCUGCACCUUUCAUGUUCAGGAGCAAAACAUGUUCAGUGUGGCAGAAGUUAAAACUUUUAUUAAUGCGGCUCUGACAUCAAAGUACGAUGAUGGCUCUGUUAUAAUUCAAACUACGAAUGUAGCCAUCAAGCACAUAAUGCCGGCAAACUGUUUAGAAGACAUUACUUCAACAAUCUAUGGAGUUUAUAUUUGGCCUGAAGCAUUUCCACAAGUCAUCCAAGACAUGAGAUGCAACGAGCCACAAUCAGAGAAAGCCUCCAGGCUUUGUCAGUUAAACAUUGAAACUGACGACACCAGCUGGGCUGAUCCUAACAUGACAAACUGCAAGCCGCUUGUGACCAUAUCAGACCUCAGCAAUAUCACUGUGACUACUGGUAACGCAGCUGAGGUUGUGGACAUGAUUCAGGACCUUGUCAAUGUUCAGUUAGGUGACAAUGCGGAGCUGUCAUCGUCCGAGCUGGACGCAGUGGUGAAGAAGCUCACAGAAGUGGUUGAUAUCAGCAUUGUCCAACCUGCUGUUGGUGCUGACAUCGUCCAUAUUGUUGCAAAUAUCCUGCUUUCCAAAACUGACAUCACUCCUGUGGCUAAUAUUGUCCUUGAUCUGACAGAUAGAAUGGGGAACAAUAUGGAUUUCCAAGAUGAGUCUGUCAGUAUAACAGCACCCUCGCUGGCCUUUUCCAUGAUCAACGUGGACCCAAAUGAAUUCAAUGGCCUCACCUUUGGAGUAUCCUCCCUUUCUUCAAUCCAGAAACCAGAGAUUUUUGUCAACCAGAGCUAUGUGGGUGAACCACUCCCUGACACAGACGCAACUAUCUCUUUGCCCUCUGAGCUCCAUAAUUUCCUCCCCGGAGACAGAAACAAAACUCGGGUCCAGUUUCAGUUCUAUGGAACGGAUGAACUUUUUCAGGACCCACACAUAACCAAUGCAACACACAGCAGCUGGAAAUUGAAUUCUUAUAUAGUAUCUGCCAGCAUUAAUGACAGCCACGUCAGCAACCUGACGGAUCGAGUGGUGGUGACCCUCAGCCACCGAACACAGAAACAGCCAGACGACAAGGUGCAGUGUAUGUUUUGGGAUUUCCAGAAAAAUGGUGGGCAGGGUGGUUGGAAUGGCAGCGGUUGUAUAACAGGAAAGGUUUCUGCUAAUCAGACCAGCUGUCUCUGUGAUCACCUCACACAUUUCGCUGUGCUCCUGGUGAGUCACUAUGAGUCUGACAGUCAGAUUCUGACAGUGAUCUCAUAUCUUGGUUGUGGUAUAUCCUCCAUCUUUCUGGGCAUCACUCUUCUCACCUACAUUGUUUUUGAGAUGCUGCGUCACGACUAUCCGUCUAAGAUACUCAUCAACCUGUCAGCUGCUCUGCUGGGGUUGAACAUGCUCUUCCUGCUAGACUCCUGGCUCUCGUCUUUUUCUAACUACGGUCUGUGCAUUGCCACGGCUGCAAUGCUACACUACUUCCUGCUGGCUUCUUUCACCUGGAUGGGCCUGGAGGCCGUGCAUAUGUACCUCGCACUGGUCAAGGUCUUCAACAUCUACGUUCCCUCCUACAUCCUAAAGUUCUGUGCUGUGGGAUGGGGUAUUCCUGUCGUCAUAGUCAGCGUGGCGCUGGCUAUAGAUAAAGAUGCUUAUGGGAACACUGUGACCGGAGAGGCUGUGGUGAUUCAGUCCACUGAUCAAUUCUGCUGGUUGAAGGAUGACGUCUUCUUCUACGUGUCAGUAGUGGCAUUCGUCCUCCUGAUCCUGUUGUGCAACAUCUCUGUGUUUAUCGUGGUUUUGGUCCAGAUCAGACAUAUGAGGGCCAAUAAGCACUCAGCAAACAGCAGCAGCUCGUUGCAUGACUUGAGGGCGGUGGCCAGUCUCACCGUCCUCUUGGGCCUGACGUGGUCAAUGGGCUUUUUUUCAUUUGGGCCAGGAAGAGUGGCCAUGAUUUACCUGUUCACCAUCUUCAACAGCUUUCAGGGGUUCUUUGUGUUUUUGUUCCACUGUCUGAUGAAAGAUAAUGUGAGGAAACAAUGGAGAAUCCACUUGUGCUGUGGGCGUUUCAGACUCAGCGAUUACUCAGACUGGAGCCGCUCUGUCACUGUGGGUGGACGCUGCAAAAAGGACCAUCUUGUUAACUCUGACUCAGGCGCUUCUGGCAACACCUCCACCAUCAGGAAGGUCUCUGAUUCCUCCACAGGAUCAGCACCAAACCACCACCAGGGGGCGUGAGUGGGCCUCCGUAGGUGCAAACCUGGACAGCUCAUUCUCCCUCUCAAGGUCCAUCAAUUACAAACACUGACGGCAGAAAGUAGAACAGGUCCAUGUCUGUUGUGGGCCGGCAGAGAUCAAAUAAACCACACGUUCAGCGAGAAACAAUGGGCCUGUG